CUCCUCCUCCUGUAGGGCCAGCACACAGAGACAGUGUGUGAACUUGAAUACUGACGGGCUCAGCAGCAGUCACACAUCAUUGCUGUUUUAUGAGAUUUAAAGUGUUCGCUUAGUUUUGGUGUCGUUCUAGAGGAGCUUCUCUCACUAUGUCCAGACGCAAACUCGGCAGCAGACCGCAACACCUGAGCGCAAUGCAAGACGCUCCGGAUCCCUCAGUCGUCCCUGUCGCCUCCUCGCCAUCACCCGAGCGGAUGCCUCCGCCUGAGGACGGAGGUCGUGACCUGCUGACAUGUGGCCAGUGUGGUCAGGCGUUCCCGCUGGCACACAUCCUCACCUUCAUCCAGCACAAACAGGGCGGGUGUAGCGCAGCCAGAGCCCAACCCCAGGGCCACACCCCUCCCUCCCCGGCCAAUCGCACGCAGGUGGAGGCGGGGUUUGUGGAGCUCCGCCGCGUGACGGGCAGGAGAUGGAAGGAAGAGCCAGGUGCGAGGGUGGAGGCCAACCGAGCCGAAGAGCCCUCCAGUUUCACCUGCCAGGUGUGUCAGUGUGUGUUCUCCGGCGCGUGGACUCUCCUCCAGCACGCUCAGAACGCUCAUUCUCUCAGCAUCUACCAGGUGGAGGACGACAGCGCCGCGCACGCAUCGAAACCGCCGGCCACGAUGGAUCCGCGACACCUGGGCGCCGCCCUUGCCUCCGCGUUCCAGCCGUCCUCCGCGAGAUCCGCUCGCUCUCACAAACCUCACGUCUCCACCCCUGCGCCGCGGGAUCUCCAGAGCCUGAACUUCUCCAUGUGUUUACAGCGCCUGGCGGAGGUGAGCUGCAACAGCGGCGGAGUGGUGCCGUCCCCAUCCCCGUCUCCUCCAGCCGCGUCACCGUUCCCCCUGUCCUCCCCCCCACUUCACGCAGGCUUCUCCUGCCAGCUGUGUGGCCAGGGCUUUCAGUCUCUGCGUAGCCUGUCCGCGCACCGGCGCACUCACGCCUGCGAUAGACCCUAUCACUGCGGCGUGUGUCAGCUCACGUUCUCUCAGAGCGGCGAACUCGCGCGACACAUGAGAAGCCACCGGCGGUCUGCAGCCGGACCGGAAACGUCCGAUCCCAGCCCUGCCAGUGCGGCGGACGAGGACCGAAAGCUUCCCGGACUGGGAGAUAACGAUAUCUCCGCCAGCUUGGAGGCUGGGAAGCAUCCAGGAGGAGCCAGCCUGAUCUUGAUCUCGUCUCAGUCCAGGGGCGCGGAUCGCAACCUGCUGCGGUACUACCAGCCUCUGAGGGAAGCUGAAGAAGAGGGUCAAGGGGAGCCUCAACAGGCUUCUCCCUACGGCAGCCCCUCGGAGGGCUCUCUGGAGAGCGGAGAUACGGGCGGAAGCGGAGAGAGCGGGAUCGCCAGCGGGAACUGCACGCCGAAGCGCCCGGAACGGGAGGAUCGUCCUCAAGGCGAAUGGGAGCAAGAGGUGGAGGCCGCGGAGAUCGUCACGGACUGGCAGCGGGACAACGACAGGAGGCAGGUCACCAAGAAGAAAAAGGAGGAGGCGUGCGAAUUCUGCGGAAAGUGUUUCCGCAACAGCAGCAACCUCACGGUUCACCGGCGCAGCCACACGGGGGAGAGGCCCUACCGAUGCGGACUCUGUAGCUACGCCUGCGCGCAGAGCAGCAAACUCACACGCCACAUGAAAACGCACGGCGCCCGCGGGACACGCGCACCCUUUCAGUGUCAGCUCUGCUCGGUCCCGUUCACCGUCUACGCCACGCUGGAGAAACACCUCAAGAAGGUCCACGGACUCACUCACGCCAGCGCUGGAGCCUACAGCCAGGGCUCGCUUCCCGAUUACAUCAAAAUGGAGGAUGAUAAAUCCGCAGCUCCGAUCACAAUGCUCGCGGAGUCUAAUGUGGACCUGAAAGAGGAGGACGCUGAAAUGAGGGUGAGUGCCGACGUGCCCCCUUCCGCUGAAGAAACUGCGGCUCUGUGUGAAACCGCAGUAUAAAAACAGCAACAUGACACUCUGAUAAUGACCAAAACCACCAUCGUCUGCCCACAACUCAGUACGUCCA